UUGCAAUCCGUAUUUUAAAUACAUUCUAAAUCCAGGAAAAAAAGAUUGUUCGUUUAUGAUUCAUUGUUGUUGUUGUUGUAAUUGUUGAAGACAAAAUUAUUAUCAUCAAGAAAAAAAAAUAUGGUCGAUCAAAAUCAAAUCGAAGAUAAUGCCCGUGGGGUUAUGGAUCGUAUUGGUAUGACAUUAACGGCAAUGCGUUAUCUAUUAAUUAUUCUAAAUGGUUUGGUCAUAUUAUUUUCACUUUAUUUCCUAAUUUCUGGUAAAAAUCUUGGCUAUGAAUCAUUACAAAUGGUCACAUGGUUACGUAUUAUAUUUUCAUUAAUUAUAAUCAUAAUGGCCAUAUACGGUAUUAUUAUUGUCGUUUGGUAUGGUGAAAAAACGAAAUUACAAUUGAAAAUGCUUAGAUCAUAUCUGAUUAUGAUCAUAAUCAUUGUUUUAAUUGCUAUCAUUCUUUCGGCUAUCUAUGUUCGUCAUCCAAAUCGUUGGGAUAUUAUAUUCAUUAUUUUAGCCAGUUUAGCUACAAUUCUAUUGAUUAUAUCAACAUUAUCAUAUUCAUAUGGAUUGAAAAAAACAAGAUUAUUACGAAGAUUUAAUUUGUUUUCAAUUUAAAUUUUAUUUAUCAAAUGAACAAAAAAAAGGUCAA